AUGAACCCUUUCUUUUUUCUGGGUUUUGGACAUUCUCAUCUAGUCUACUACUGGAAUAGAAGUGCACCUUUCAACUCAACAAAUGAGACGUACUGCUACAGCACUGCCCGGGGAAGCACAGUGCUCCAAGGAGUAACUUUUGGUGGAAUCCCAACUGUCCUGCUGCUUGACGUAACCUUCUUCUUUAUUUUAAUAUUGCUGUUUUCCAUUAUAAGAAAGAGAUUCUGGGACUACGGUCGCGUUGCUCUGGUGUCAGAAGUUGAAAGUGAAUCGAGAUACAACCGAUUGUCAACGUCGUCAUCGGUACCUGAAGAUCUUGAAUAUGACAGGGGGUUUUGUUCUUGGAUGACAGCAGCUUUUCGAAUGCACGAUGACGAGAUCCACGAGAGGUGCGGUGAAGAUGCCAUACAUUACCUUGCCUUCCAGCGGCACAUCAUCUGUUUGUUGAUCGCUGUCAGCAUUUUGUCUGUGUGUGUCAUAUUACCUGUCAACCUCUCGGGUGAUCUGCUUGAUAAAGAUCCCUAUAGUUUUGGAAGAACAACUAUAGCAAACCUACAGACUGGUAAUAAUCUUCUCUGGCUGCACACUGUGUUUGCUGUUGUUUACCUGCUGCUGACUGUUGUCUUCAUGAGACAUCACAUGAAGUAUGUCACCUACAAAGAAGAAAACAUAGUUAAGUGCACGUUGUUUAUAACUGGUCUUCCAAAAAAUGCAAGAGAAGAAACAGUACAAGGCCAUUUCACUGCUGCCUACCCGACCUGCACGGUGCUGGAGGUCCAGCUGUGUUAUGAUGUAGCCAAGCUUAUUUAUCUCUUCAAAAAAAGAAAACAGGCAGAAAAAAGCCUGACUUACUAUGAACACCUGCAUCAGAAGUACGGCAAGCGGGUCCAAAUCAACCCUAAGCCAUGCGGUCAGUUCUGCUGUUGCGAAACGAGGGGAUGUGAAAGGGAGGAUGCUGUAGAUUAUUAUACCAAAGUUAAAAAUGAACUGAUGGAAGAAUAUUUAAAAGAGGAACAAGCUGUUCAUAAUAACCCGCUGGGAAUGGCCUUUGUAACAUUUCAAGAGAAAUCCAUGGCAACCUAUAUCCUUAAGGACUUCAAUGCUUGCAAAUGUCAGAGUAUUAAGUGCAAAGGAGAACCCCAGCCAUCAUCCUACAGCAAGGAGCUGUGCAUAUCAGACUGGGAGGUUACGUAUGCUCCUUAUCCUGAGAAUAUUUGUUGGAAAAACCUUUCCGUGCGUGGACUGAAAUGGUGGUUCAGAUGGGCUUGCAUUAAUCUGCUCCUUUUUAUUGUGCUGUUUUUUCUCACUACUCCUUCCAUCAUCAUCUCGACCAUGGACAAGUUCAAUGUCACUAAACCCAUUCACUACCUUAACAAUCCCAUCGUCAGUCAGUUUUUCCCAACGCUCUUGCUCUGGUCCUUCUCAGCUUUGCUACCAACAAUUGUCUAUUACUCAACUUUGCUGGAGUCCCACUGGACAAAGUCUGCAGAGAACAGGAUAAUGAUGCAUAAAGUCUACAUAUUUUUGAUCUUCAUGGUACUGAUUCUGCCCUCCCUUGGUCUGACCAGCCUUGAUUUCUUUUUCCGCUGGCUGUUUGACAGAGAAUCGUCUGAUUCUGCAGUUAGGCUGGAAUGUGUCUUUUUGCCUGACCAGGGAGCCUUCUUUGUGAACUAUGUGAUUGCCUCUGCAUUCGUUGGCAAUGGGAUGGAGCUGCUGCGCCUGCCCGGCCUCAUCCUUUACACCAUACGCAUGAUAAUGGCCAAGUCCACAGCGGAAAGGAAAAAUAUUAAGCAGCAACAAGCCUUUGAAUAUGAAUUUGGAGCUAUGUACGCCUGGAUGUUGUGCGUGUUCACUGUCAUCAUGGCCUAUAGCAUUACGUGUCCCAUCAUCGUCCCCUUCGGUUUAAUAUACAUCCUCCUGAAGCACAUGGUUGACCGUUACAACCUUUUCUACGCCUAUCUCCCUGCCAAGCUGGAGAAGAAGAUGCACGUCGCAGCUGUGAACCAGGCCCUUGCAGCUCCGAUUCUCUGCCUGUUCUGGCUCUACUUUUUCUCCUUCCUGCGGCUAG